UGUGAUUUUAUUGAGCAAUAUGUUGCCACUUCGGGGUGAAAUCUGUGUCAUUUUGCUCUUGACUCUUGCCACCACUCUCAAUGGGGCAUUCUGGAUGGGAAACACUUCACCGACAAGUGAGAUUCACAAGUGCUCCAGUGAUUUUGUGGUGAAUCAGAAGAAAAUCUAUGCACUCUUCCGACACAUUUUCUCACCCACCUGGAAUCCCGUUCUCACGAGAUUGGCUGAGGACUUUAACGUUACCGAUAUGACCCACUACAGGGAUGAGAAAUUCCCAAGGGUGGUGUUGGACUUUGGCAAGAGUAUGAUGAGAGGGAGGAUAAAGCCGGUGCCAAAGAGAUAUCCAUUUGUCUAUCACUUGAAAGAGUGUGUGAGGGAAUUUCAUACGGUACUGGAAUUCCUGAAGCAUAUUAAGGAUUUUGACAGUGUUCUCGAGAGUGCUACGUGGUUGAGGAAUCUCACCAAUGAGGAGGCUUUUAUCUACGAAUUUUUAACUUUUCUGAUACACCAUGCGGAGGAGGAGUAUCUUCUGCCACCACCGUAUGAAAUUAAUCCCCAUAAGUUCUUCCGAGACGACGUCAUUAGGACGGCUCAUUUGGCUAAAAUGUCUAGUGGUAAUGGGGAUAAGUUCGAAAAUGAGACUGGCACCAUGGUUAAGUACAUUGAAGACUUAGGGCCUGUUAGUGAUGGCUGGGAGGGUGAUUUGGCAUACUUCCGAGAGGAUAUUGACUUGAAUGCCUAUUACUACCUCUUUAGAUUGUCUUUUGAACCCUCCCUGGCGGAGGAGUACUUUGAAAAUACCACUCGAGGGGAGAUUUUCUUGUUUGAACACCAGCAAUUGCUAGCUCGAUACAAUCUCGAACGUUUUGGCAUGGACUUUGAUGAAGUAGAAGCAAUUUCGAUUUUUGAUGAAAAUAUUGUUGGAUACUAUCCCUUGAUGUCCCAUGCGAAUGGUUUCCCUCUGAUACCGAGGCCGUAUUUCUACGAAGAGCGAUUCUAUGAAGACGUCAAGAUGGACCUUAUAAGGGAGGAACAUGGACUCAGUACGAUAAUUGAAAUGGGAGGAUUCUGGCAUCCGGGAACAGGGAAAUUGGACUUCAAACGUCCUGGAGGUUAUAACUUCCUAGGGAGCAAAAUGGAAGGUAACACGGACAACAAGAGCAACUUCCCGAAAUUCUGGCCACUUCUUUUGCAAGUUGUUGCCGGACCCCGACGCUACAGAACUCGUACUGAUCCCAUGGACUUUUCAAAUGUAUUCGAUCACCACGAGACCCAACUUCGCGAUCCCGCUUAUUUCCAGUGCAUUCAGAGACUGGUGAAAUUGAUCAAGAGACAUCAAGACCUUCUGCCGCCCUAUGACUUUGAGGCGAAGUUCAUUGAUGUUGUUGAUGCAAAAGUAAGUGACUUGAGGACGAGAUUUCAAAAGCGAAGUGUUGACAUCUCAAAUGCAGUGGCAAUGGAGGAAUCCCAAGAGAUUAAUGACUCGGAGGAAUGGCUGAGAGAUGAAGAUGUGCGGUUUAAAGUGAAUCUCAAGGUGCUGACACACAUUCCAUUCUACUACGAUCUCAAGGUGCAUACCGACAAUCCCACAGAUGCUGUUGUGAGAGUUUUCUUGGGUCCAGAUGACGCGGGUGCCGAACGGGUGGAUCUCUACAAUUGGGAUGAGAAUCGUGAGAAUUUCUUCCAAAUUGACUAUUAUCCGGUCAAAUUGCAACGCGGUGAGAAUAAAAUCACCCGAAAGAGUACUUCAUUCACCGGGUUCGGCAGCGGUUUCAAGUCUUUUGAAGAAAUGUCCCAAAUGCUCAAUGACGAAGACUUUGAAGUUUCCAGUAAGAACGCUUUUUGUGCCUUCCCCGAGCGCCUCAUCCUACCCAGAUCUAGCAUUUACGGCAAAGACUUUGUCUUCUACUUCGUUGUUACCCCAACGGAUGAGGACAUCAGCGAAAUUAAACCAACAAGAUUCUGCGAUAUCGGAAAGGCUCCCAAGAAGGCUGAUACAUGGCCCAUGGGUUUCCCCUUCGAUCGGAAGAUCGACAAUGAGAAUUUCCUCGUGAAGAACAGCUUAGCAAAGAGAGUCACAAUUUACCACGAGGAAUAGUGAAGAUUUCGUAACACGUGGUGGUGGUUCUGGGAAAUUGGGUUUAAUUUAAUUCUAAUUGUUGGACACCUUUUAACCUCAAUUGUAGCGGAGACCCUUUUGUACUCUGUGUUUUGGCUCAAUAAUGAUAUGGUAAUUAAUCAAAUAAAGUACACCGAUUAUUGCACAA